AUGCCGGAUCCGGAGUCUGAGCUGGGCCGGAGCCUGAGCGGCACCCAAAGGAGACUAAGAGGCCGCUACCGGGACCUGACUGCCCUCUUCGCCGUCAGCUGGUCCCCUCGAGUCUCCACGCCGCCUCCCCCGCGCCCCUCUGUGUCAACAGAGUUCAGGUCGGAGCUGCAGAUGCCUCACCUCUGUCAGUUGCCCUUGAACCUCUCUCAGCGUAGCCAUCUUCUGCUCCAGUCCACAGAUGGGAAACCGAAGCCCAUAGCGCUGAAAGGCGGGCCCCAGCGGCCCCUGAGAGUGGUCGCCCACAGCAAGUACUCUCAGAGAAACCUUCCUGCAGACCUGGUACGACUUCGUACAGACCGGAAGAAGCCCUCCUGCUUCAUCAUGGCCAGUCCACAGUUUGUCAGUAACCUGCAGGAGGAAGUGAUCUGCCCCAUCUGCAUAGAUAUUCUGCAGGACGCUGUCACCAUCGACUGCGGGCACAGUUUCUGCCUCAGCUUGUGUCGUGACUCCCAGGACCACAAAUCCCACAAAGCCAACUUGAUAGAAGAAGCUGCCCCAAAGUAUCAGGGACUAAUUCAAUUACAACUCAAGGACUUGCAGCAAAAGGAGAAGAUGAUAGUACAGGUGAAAGCACAAGGCGAACGGAAGAUCGAUGUCUUCAAGGCCCAGGUGGAGCAUGAAAAACAAAGGAUCAUCAGAGAAUUCAAGCACCUGCGUCAGGUUCUAGAGGAAGAGGAGAAGUUUCUCCUGUUACGACUGGACUGGCUGGCUCAGGAGGGAGAGAACGGGAGUCACUUCUUUGGCAAUUCCACUGAGGCACAGCUGAACUCUCUCAAUAGGCUUGUUGAUCUCCUGAAGGCCAAGCAGCAAAUGUCACCCCGUGAGAUGCUCUCGGGCAUCAAAGUUGUCUUGUACAGGAGUCGAGGGUUUCAAUUUCUCCAACCAACCGCUGUUUCUCCAGACCUGGAGAAAAAACUCAGUGAAGCUAAAUCAAGACAUGACUCCAUCACAGAAACCCUGAAGAAAUUCAGAGGGACUAAUUCCGAGAAGGAGGGGGAAGGACCUAGAAUUUAUUCUUUGGGGACAAGGAAGGCUGAGACUGGAGAAAAAGCCUCCGUCCGGCCGCAUCCCGAGGGUGCUCAGAGGUUGGUGGCUGGACAAAUUGACCCACAGCUGUCCCUCUUUUUCCUCCCAUCUCACGCAGUCCCCGUGACCCUGGACGCUGCCUCGGCCCAUCCGGACCUCGUCCUUUCUCCGGAUCUGAAGACAGUGGCGCUGGACUUCGUCCCUCCGGGUGACUCAGAGGAGCCCGCCCACCCAGAGUGCUUCUACCCGUUGCGCUGCGUGCUGGGCUCGCCCGGCUUCUCCUCCGGCCGCCAGGCCUGGGAGGUGGAGCUCGGAGGGGCCGGGGGCGGGGCCUGCGUGGUGGGCGUGGCCUCGGAGCACGCAGGGCGCAGGGGUUUCUUGGCUGUGGAGCCCCGGGCCGGCUUCUGGGCGCUGCGCAUCGCGGGCUCCGAGUGCCAGGCGCUCAUCGAGGCCAACACCCGGGAGGAGCUUCCAGCCCGUACGAACAGAGUGGGCGUCUGUGUGGAUCACGAGCGCGGGGAGGUUGUCUUCUACGACGCCAUCACGAGCCAACACAUCUACACCUUCCAAGCCUGCUUCCCGGGGCGGAUCUUCCCCUUUUUCCGGCUCCUUUUUCCUGGCACCAAGAUCACCCUGAGCCCCUAAAGUUGUUCCGAGUCCUACCUCUCCUUCCCGCUGUCCGCUCACUUUGGGGAUGUGCCGCAGCUGGUAGGUUAACGCUAAGCUACGAAGAGCUGUUUAGGAGGGUUACACCCUUCGGGCUCCCGGAUGUCUGCGCUUACUUUAAAUUUUUCUUUUUUCUCUCAGCCCGCCCCCACCCCCACCCAUAUG